AUGCCUCCUUCUCAAUCGUUUACUUUCAAUUUUAACCCUUCUUCCACCAAUUUUGUUUAUUUUGAUUCUUACAAUUGUGAAACUUAUUCUAAUGAGACUGAUUUCAAUGGGACUGAGUCUGAUGAGACUCAUUCUGAUGAGACUGAUUUCGAUGAGACUGAUUCUGCUGAGACCGAUUUUGAUGAGACCAAUUCUGAUGAGAUUGAUUCUGAUAAGACUGAUUCUGAUGAGACUAAUUUCGAUGAGAUUGAUUUCUAUGAGACUGAUUAUGAUGAUGCUCAUUUCAAUGAGGCUAAUUCUGGUGAUUUUUUCUUUGGGUUUUUUAGCUCAACUCAAUAA